AUGUAUCCAGUUAAUCACAAUAUAAUUCUCAAUCAAUUGAGAUCUCUUACCAUUGAUGAUGCCCCAGAUCUCAACAUAUACAAUGGUGAUGAUGAUGUAUACAAUCACUUUAUCUCAUCACCUGCAGAUCAACUGUCAACUGUCUUCUUACAAUUAACCUUCUCAGAGAUGAUUGUAAAACUAUAUCACCAAAUCAAUGCAGCAGUCAAGAUCUUAGAAGAUGUGAAGAAUAUCCUUACAUCUGAUUUGAUAAGACAGUUGAACAAGAUCUUCAAGAGUAGCAUGAUCUAG